AGUAACCAAGGAACGAGGUUUGGACGUGGUCAUUGGGGAAAUGACCAGGCUACUGUCGCAGGAGUCGACAGCAGGAAGGAUGAGAGCCCUCACAGAACUGAGGAGCUUGAGAAUGAGAGCUGGCCAAGAGGAUCGCUCGUUGGAAUACGCCAGAUCCUGCUGGAUAAUCUCAGUGAUUGGCCGGAACACUUCCAACUGGUAGGAGCUUUGCACAGAGUGGAUCCUCGCAAGGCAUAUGAGGAAGUGAAGCAACUAGCGCUGAGCAUAGAACAGUCUAAGGUCAUGUUCGGGGUAGGUAGGAGAUCAAGUGUUGACCAGUGGAGAAGGAGGGCCACACAAUAUCGAAACUGUCAAGAGAUAAGUAUAGCAAAGGAGGACACCUUCUCUCACAAGGGAGAGGAGUACAUGACAGGGAAAAUGGAUAGGGCAGAGGAAAUGUACGGGCGAGACAACUACCACGAAGAUUUAAAUUUUGGCAGCGAAAGCCAAAGACAAAUGCAGCACAUCCCGCCUAGGUCUCCGCUAGCGGAUACCGAGAAAAGAAAGUGUUUCAAGUGUCUGAAAUAUGGCCAUAUAGCCAGACACUGUCCUCAGCAAUCGAUAAGAGUGAAUCGUGUCAAGGAACAGGAAGACGCUGAGAAACUUACCCUGUCAGAGAUCAUAAAGCAGGCUCGCAGUCUGGGGAUGACAGUUAGACGAGAAGAAGGGAACCUAUGUGAUCUAGUAGGUGGCCGAGUUGUGAAACAGGUGACCCUACUGGGUAGCAAGAAUCCAGCAUUGAUCGACACAGGGUCGAUGGUUAGUGUAAUUCCAGUGGAAAUUCUAGCUAAAGCGCAAAAUAGGGGAAUUGACGUUGACGCACUGAAGCUGACUGAGAAGUCCCAGCUAGCGCCUGUUUUCGAUGCAUCCGACAGAAGGAUGAGAUUUCUCGGAGCAGUGCAUAUUGAGACGGAGCUAGAAGGAGGAAAUCGAGGAUUUGUACCGUUUCACAUUAGUUCCAAGUCAAGGCGGCGAAAUUAUUCUAGGUACUAA